AUGCCUGUCCCACACAACCACACUAACACGAACAUCCCAGGAGCCGUGCUAAAUGCUGCUCUUCUCCCUGGUAAGCUCAACAUCUGCCACGGGAAUGCCCAAAGUCUGUGCGCGAGGAAAAACUCUAAGUUGGAAGAAGUUCGAGCUGCCCUGUCGAGCCACAAAGUUGACAUCGCGUGCUUUACUGAGUCUUGGUUGACUGCCUCAAGGAAUAACCGCAGCAUCGGCGUCCAAGGAUACUCCGUCGUGCGUAACGAUAGGGUGUACAAGCGAGGCGGUGGUAUCGCUGUUUACUACAGGGAUAGUAUGUCGUGCACUAAGAUCUUCAACACCGAACUAACCCCCGAGUCCGCCGAUAAAACCGAGUGUCUAGCCUUAGAAUUUCGUCUGAACGGAUUCAAAGUUCUGCUGGUAGUCGUCUACAACCCUCCUGACAAUAACUGUGCACCUUUUCUCGAGGAAAAGCUGACUAGUCUCACUUUGCGCUACGAGUCCGUCUUUCUGGUUGGCGAUUUUAACACGGACUUGCUUCAAGCGAGCAAUAAGCGUACGCAGCUCCUCUCAGCAUUCGAAAGUUUUUCACUCGUUCCUUACGGCUGCGAGCCGACGUAUUACCACGAUACUGGAUGCUCCCAACUGGAUCUGUUAGUGACCAACGACAGUGACAAAAUCCUACGUUUCGGUCAAGUCGACUUUCCGGGAUUGUCGCAGCAUGACCUGAUCUACGUAUCUCUGGACUUUGACGCUACGCAACCUGUCACGGUGAACACCUAUCGUGACUACGUGCAUUUUGAUGCUGAUGCCCUGAAGUUCGCAACGGUCAGUAUUCCAUGGAGAAACUUCUACGCAAUCUUGGACCCCAACCACUCCUUGGAGUUCUUCACGGAGCGACUCAAAAUCGUGCACGACACCUGUUUUCCGCUUCGGACGAGCUCUCGGCGCAAUGCACCGAAUAGAUGGUUUACAGCUGAUGUUCAACGAGCAAUUCUAGAACGAGACCUGGCGUACAAGGAUUGGCGAACUGCUGCGUCGGACGUAAAGGACCUGAAGCGACGUACGUACAAAACGCUGCGAAAUCGUGCGAACUCAGUCAUUGAACGGGCGAAAAAGACGUUUCUCGGUGGUUACCUGGACGCAAAUAUCCCAUCAAAGCUGCUCUGGACUCGCGUGAAGAGCCUUGGAGUUGGAAAAGACAAAUCAUCUCAACCAUGUGACCACGAUCCGGAUGAAGUAAAUCGUAUGUUUCUCUCGAGCUUCACACCAGCUGAAACUAGGAACGAUCAACACGCAAGAAUACUGCCAUCUCAAUACAAUUUCUCGUUCCGCAACGUUCACUACUGGGAGGUCGUUAACGCCAUCUGUGAAGUGAAGUCGAACGCCGUAGGGAUGGACGGUUUGCCAAUCAGGUUUCUGAAAAUCGUGCUGCCACUAGUAAUCCAACAAAUAACCCACAUGUUUAACCUGUUCAUCAAUACAUCUACCUUUCCCAACCUUUGGAAGCAUGCUAAGGUUCUGCCCCUAAAGUGA